AUGGCAAAUAUAUUUUUAAUUUUUUAUUUAUCUAUAAUUAUAUUUAUAUUUGGUUGUAUAGUAUUUGUUUCAAAUCGAAAGCAUUUAUUAUCAACUUUAUUAAGAUUAGAAUAUAUAGUUUUAAGAUUAUUUAUUUUUUUAUUUUUUUAUUUAAAUUUUAUAAAUUAUGAGUUAUAUUUUAGUAUAUUUUUUUUAACUUUUUGUGUUUGUGAAGGAGUUUUAGGUUUAUCUAUUUUAGUUUCUAUAAUUCGAACUCAUGGUAAUGAUUAUUUUCAAAGAUUUUCUAUUUUACAAUGUUAA